AUGGGAAGCUCAUCUAUGAUGUGGAUGAUACUUGUGCUGCCGGCGCUGCUCGUCGCCACAAUGUCAGCCCCCGUGCCGGAGACCCUCACCCUGUCGCCGGGAUGUAUGAAUAGGUGCGGCAACGUGAGCAUCCCCUACCCCUUCGGCAUCGGCAAGGACGGCGGCAAAGACUGCUUCCGCGAGGGCUUUGAGAUCUUCUGCGUCAACAACUCGGUGCCGGUCAUGGCGGGCAACACCGACACUAGCCCGGACAUACUGGUGCUGAACCUGUCCUUGUCACCGCACCCCGUGGCCCGGGUGCUGCGGCCGGUGUCGUGGCAGUGCUUCGACGUCCCCGGCAACGUUACCGGGUCUUACUUCGGCGAGCUGGGCCUGAAAGCUGACGGCGUGUACCGCAUCUCCAGCAACCUCAACGAGCUCGUCGUCCUCGGCUGCAACACCUACGUCGAAAUGAAGGGCGGAGUGCGUGGACGCUUCAGUUACAUGUACUACACGGCGUGCGUGGCUUUCGCCAACGACGCCGGCGGCCCGAUUGACGGUGCGUGCACGGGCCUCGGCUGCUGCAGCGUCGGCGUCCCGUCGGGAGCCACCGACAACGUACUCUCCUUCGAGACCGGUGGCUCCUGGACGCACGCUGACCAGGGCUUCUGCCCCUGCGACUACGCCUUCAUCGUCGACAAGGGCUACUACAGCUUCAAGAGGGCCGACAUCCUCCACACGGACGGCAACGGCUCCCUGUCAACCACCAGCAUGCCCAUGUCACUGGACUGGGCCAUCCGCGACAACGGCUCCCUACCAUGGACAUGCGCCACCGCAGCUUCGGCGCCGGGGUACGCCUGCAAGAGUGUCCACAGUGCGUGCGUCGACUCCAAGAAUGGGCCUGGCUACAUCUGCAACUGCACCGCAGGCUACGAAGGCAACGCUUACGUUGUCAAUGGAUGCACCGACAUAGACGAAUGUGCACGUCCGGAAGACUAUUCUUGCCGCGGUAAAUGCAAGAACUUCGACGGACAUUACAAAUGCGACUGUGGUACAGGUUAUAAAAGCAAUGACCCAUAUAAGGAAUCAUGCACUCCUAUUAUCCCAUUGCCUGCACAGAUUUCCAUAGGUAUAAUAGGUGGUAUUCUUCUCUUGGCAUUCAUAGCAUUCAUUAUCAUCGUGCGGAGAGAGAGGCAUAUGAGGCAUGAGUUAUACAGAAAGAAUGGUGGUCCUACAUUAGAAAAGGCUAGUAUUAUAAAGCUUUUCAAAAAGGAUGACCUCACACCAAUUUUAAAACCUAGCAAUACAAUUGGAAAAGGUGGCUUUGGUGAAGUAUACAAGGGCCUCGUUGAUGGUGCAUGGGUCGCUGUAAAGAAACCGGUUCGUGGCAACCAGAUGGAGAGUGACCAAUUUACAAAUGAAAUCAUCAUCCAGUCUAAAGUUAUCCACAAGAACAUUGUUAGGCUCAUAGGUUGUUGCCUGGAAGUGGACACCCCCAUGUUAGUGUACGAGUUCAUAUCACAAGGAAGCAUGGAUGACAUUCUUCAUGGUGGGGAGAAGAAGCCUCUCAGUUUGGAUGCGCGGAUGAAUAUUGCUGCAGAAGCAGCACAGGGUCUAGCUUAUAUGCAUUCACAAGCCAAUACAGUCAUCUUGCAUGGUGAUGUUAAGCCAGCAAAUAUUCUCUUGGAUGACAAGUUUGUGCCCAAGAUCUCAGACUUUGGUAUAUCAAGGUUGAUUGCAAGAGACAACGAACACACUGCUUUAGUCAUCGGUGAUAUGACUUAUAUGGAUCCAGUUUACCUGCAAACAGGCUUGUUGACAGCAAAAAGUGAUGUAUACAGUUUUGGAGUGGUGAUCCUAGAGCUCAUCAGCAGGAAGAAGGCCACUCAUCCCAGCAAUACAAGCUUAGUGAAUAGUUUUAUUGAGAAUCACAAAAAAGGGAUGAAAUCGACCGAGCUAUUUGACCCGGAGAUCGCGGUGGGAGCAGAUGUAGGCCUUCUUGAUAGUCUCACAGACCUCGCUAUGAAGUGUCUUGACCUUGAUGUGGAUCAAAGGCCGACAAUGACUCAAGUUGCAGAGCAACUUGUCGCAUUCAUUCGAUCCCGCCAAAUGUGA